UAUGGAAAAAGCGCGAUAUUGUUGUUUAAAAAUAAAUGGAAAGCUUUAUGUUUAUAUUUUAGUUUGGUUUAAUUCAAUUCGGUUCAAUUUUUGUUCAUAGUUAUAGUUUCAUCCAUCAUGAGUUUCAUGCAAAGAUUAAAACCCAAAUCUAUUCCUUCGUGUAAUAAAAAUUUCAUUUUCACUGCUGUCAAAGAUGAUAAACGAAUUGAUGGAAGGUCGUCGAAGGAUUUUCGUAAAUUAUCCAUUGGAUUUGGCUUAGAUUAUGGUUCAUCUGUAGUUAGCCUUGGCGAUACACGUGUUAUGUGUAACAUCACUUAUCAAAUAGCAGAACCCAAAGCUGUUAAAAGCUGUGAAGGACUGUUGAAUAUUAGAGUUGAUCUUACAGCCUCCAUGAUUCAUACUUAUGAGAAAGUGGUUGAAAUUAUGAGAAUGAUCGAGAAAAAUGUAAAAGAUUCGAGAUGUUUAGAUUUAGAAUCAUUGUGCAUUAUCUCGGGAGAGAAAGUGUAUGCUUUAGAAACUGAUAUUAUUGUGAUGAAUGAUGACGGAAAUCUUCCAGAGUGUUGUUCUAUAGCUCUUCUAGCUUCUUUAUCUCACUUCAAAAGACCAGACGUCUCUGUUGUAGAGGAUAAAAUUAAGAUCCAUUCGUUUGAUGAGCGCCAUCCAAUACCUCUUAACAUACUUCAUUAUCCAUUCUGUACUAGUUUCACUUUUUUUGACAACUCCAAGUUCGUCUGUGACCCAACUCAAGCUGAAGAACAAGUUUGUGAUGGUUAUUUAAUCGUGGGAUCCAAUAUCUAUCGUGAAAUAACUACUAUUCAUAUUUCAGGAAAAUCAGCAAUUACAAAAGACGUUGUCUUAAACUGUUGUCAACUUGCAAUAGAGAGGAGUAAAUUUUUAACAAAUUUUGUCAAAUUGGUAGUCGAACAAGAUUUAAAGAAACGAUCCACAGAAGGUGCAGAGAUUGGAUACGCGCCUCUAAUAAGAGAAAGUAGCUCAGUUCUUUGUAGCUACAAAAAAGAAGAAAUCGAGUUGCAAGAAGUCCAGGAGAAUUAUGACGAUGAUGAUGUUAUAAUUGAUCUAGAAGUUGCCCAGAAUACCAAAAUGUACCGAUAUGCUUCCGAUACAGUUGGGAUUGGUGAAGGAAGAGGCCAAAAUUGGGAUUUCAUCGAUGAAUUUCAAGAAAAUGUUGAAAAUGACGAAAAUGAAGACAUGUACAUUGAAGAUGAGGAAACGACAAAUAACGAGGAUGAACCCGACAGCAAAGCCAAGCAAUUUAGCAAACGAUCGAAAAACUCUAAUAAAUACCAAGAAAUCACGGUUGAAGAUGAUCUUAGCGAAGAAGAAGUUCAGAUUCUUAAUCCACCUGAAUUUAAAUAAAAUUUAUUUCACGUCAUUGAAUUUUUUUCAACCUCGA